AUUCGAAUGCCCACAAUGUUUGUUGGCUUCCAUAUUUAGGCUGUUACCUAGCGUCACAGUCGGCCACACUGGACCCCACACAUAACAUAACCGAAAAAUGAACAAAUGUUUUAGGUGCCAGCCCCGGAUAUUGCUUUCCCAGUUCAGCCUACCGCGAUGCUAUGCCGCAGUGCAGCCGCGAUGUCCACCGCCACAGGAAAAGCCCGUAGUCGGUUUGGCACACAAACCCGAUCCCAAGGCGGUGAAGUGUGACUACAUCGGACCGCCGGACGCGCAAUCGAACCUACGUCCGUACGUACGGCACUACGGCGAUGAGGAGACACGGCUGGCGAGGAGCUUACGCCUGAAGCGGAUCGAGGUGGAGGCGUGGAACACGGACUUCUGGACCAGACACAAUAAGCGCUUCUAUGAGGAAAAGGAGGACUUCAUUCGGCUGCACAAGGAGAACGGAACUAGCGAGGUUUCCGCGGACCAGAUGAGCCACUUCUACAAAGCGUUCCUGGACAAGAACUGGCGCAUCCACAUCAUGUACAACAUCUCCUGGUACCUGAAGAACUUCGAUAUUCUCACCCUGGCCGCCGCAGUCCAGCUCCAGAGGCUUCUAGCGCUGGCCAAGCGGAGAACCUAAAGUUAAAGCUGCAAUAUCCGUCGGCCCUAUUUUGUUAGCAGUUUCCCCCAGUUAGCCGUUUGAAUUUUACCAUAAGUUGAAAUAAAAGAUCGUGUGCGUAAAA